UUGAACACCAGCAGGGCAGCCAUGGAAGGAGAAACUAGAGAAGAUAGUCACCCACUCCAUGAGAUCAUUGAUGACAAUUUCCCUGUGAGUAGAUGACCUGUGGGAGCUCAAAAAUGUGACCACAGAAAUGUUAACGAUUUUCUUUAUAGCUUUUGUUACGGAUGUAAUGAGUUAUGCAGAAAAGUUUUCACUGCAAUUCCAUUUUCAAUGCUAUUUCAAAACCAUCCACUCUAUUCCCCAUCUUAUUCAAUACCAUGCUAGAUGUCGCUUGGUAAAAUAUUGGCUAUUUAUAAACUAUGAUUUUGGAGGAAUCUUCAUUGAAUGCAUUUAAGUGUUUCUGCUAAUUACUCCAAUAUUUGAACAUUGCUCUGAAAUUGCUUCCAUAACAUGUUUAAAGUAAAACUGUUACAACAACUCUAACCAAGUUAAAGGAACACUCCCACUCUCAUAAUAAAUGUAGCUCAUUUAAGUUGUUAUGGGGGCCAGAGUGUCUGGGCACCAUCUUCCUUUCAGGGGUUUAACUGGUUUCCAACAGUUUUACAUUAAAGUUGGUCACCAGACACCCAAUAUUGCUGCCUCAAGUUCCUUUCUCCCACCUUACACAAUAUGAGGAAGGUUUCCUGGGUGACUUGUGACCAUCUGAGAGCAUCACCUGACGCCUACUUUUUCUUAAGAGGAGGAUGAUUUUUGGCAAUGGCCGUAGCUUAAAUGGUCACUCCAAAUUGGCCAUGGUGGAAGGAAAGUUAUAACUUUUGUAUUGUUGCUGGAGUUGUAACUCUACCUCCGACAGCAUCAUUAGUUUGCUCAGAAUGAGAUUUAUUGGCUGGCUAACGUCUGUUCAGUGAUUAUUUUGUGCACUGACGCUCAUCCAUUGCCUGAAAGCAACCAGUGAAUUACCAGCGGGAUUGUCAUUCAGCAGAAACAGAAUAUCAUACUUCUGCAAUUAGAAGAGGUUCUGAGCCUACUGUGAGAACAGCAACUGGGUACGCCUAACUUCAUAACAAUACAGUGGGCUGUAGUGUUUAUGAUGCCUAGAGUAACACUUUUAAAGCAAACUUCCAUUUAAGUUGCUAAGCAAACAUACCCACAUGAUGUUGACUUUCCCAGCACUAUUUUUAAGAUGCAAAACCUUGAUUAAUAUGCUUAUAGGCAAUGUUUUGUCCACAUCCGUUUCUAAUUGAAGUGUACUUACUUUGUGUUAUGUUUAUGCUGGCAAUAUCUUACUUGUAAACACUACCACAAAUGUUUUAAAAAACAAAGAUGCUACGCUAUUUACCAAGUGUUUUUUGUGCUUCUCAGCAACUGGUGAUCGACAAUGCCAGGGAAAAGAUUUUGGGCAGCAAAUCCCUGCAAGAGAAGUUGGCUGAAAAUAUUAACAAAAUUCUUGGAAGGUAAAACCGUUAUCUAGUUAAUACAUUGUGUGCCUCCUCCUUAGACUGCUGCCUCAGGUAGUGACUUGAUAAUUGCAAGCUUUCACUUUUGAAUAGUAAUAGAAACAAUGCAAUUUUAUUCAUGCCGCUCAAUGACUACCUCGUGACUGUUUUUACAUUUUAGCUGGUUUAUUAGUCACAAUUCCUACCUUUGUAUUACUAUAGUGAACCUGCUCCUCAUACCUCCAAACAGAGUGAUGGUGGUGCUGUUGAGCAAGAUGCUUCAAUUGAUGAAAUCCUUGGCCUUCAGGUAAUGAGGUUUUGUCUAACCACCAUCUUUUUAUUGUUGGCUUUGAUCUGUAUAUCAAUCUGCUCUCUCAUACAACCUAACUAAAUCUCUUAUAUGUAUAACAGGGUGGGGAGAUACACAUGUCAGAAGAAGCAAUUCGUGAUAUACUAGUACAAACAGAAAUGGACCCAGAUUUCCAAGAACUUUAUGACCUUUUUGCUUGUAAGUGUUUCUUAGAUUCUCCUGCAUUAUCCUAAAAGUCAGAAUUGUUAUUAUUAUUUUACAUCUCCAUCAGAGCUUACACAACAGUUUACGCAAAAUCUUUUCAGUUCUCGUCUUUGCAUCUAGAGGCACAGAUUUGGGGAAUUGAUUCUAUACCGGGGGUUUAGGAUCUUUUCUUAUUCAAUUAUUUUGUUUUUCUAAUUGUCAGAAUUAGAUUUUUAUAUUAUUAUAAAAAAAAAUAUAUAUAUAUUUUUUUUUUUGCUCCAAUUUCUGUUUGUUAAAAUUGUAUUUCAUUGUGUGUCGUGCUUUGUGCAUUUUAUUUUUUUAUUUAAGGUUCAUCAAAAGCAACAAAAUAUAUGCAAAGAGAACUUCCUAUUUCAAACGAAGGAACUGCUCGGAGUAAAGUAGCUGCAAUAGACAGUUACCUUGACUCUGUGGAAAGCUCCUUUGACACAGAUGGUAAGUUGCACAAGUUCAUUUUUUCUAACACUUGUGUUAGCUGGUAGCCAACCUGGAUUAUUAUUUUACUUAUCAGUAUGGAAUCAAUGCAGUAAUACAAUUUAAUUGUGAUUUUGUUCUUUCUCCUGUUGGCAGAUUCUACGUCACCAACAAAUAACCCAGCUAAUGCAUGUUCAAACAAGACAGCCAUGGAAAUUGGAAGAAAAAACUUAUCCCUGUUAAAAGAUGACUGUGCAUCAUCUCAUCCAAGUGAAAAUGAACCAACUGCCUCAUCAGAUCAUAGUUUAAGUCCAACAGGAAGCCACCAGAGCAUUGAUUCAUCUUCCACCAUCGACCGAACUGGGGAAGAUACCAUAACGGAAGCAGAUAAAGCAUCACAAGAGACUAUGUCAGGGAUAGAUUUUUCACAAACUUCAGAUGUUGAAAUGAAGAACGUAACUGAUGAAGUAAGUGUGGCUUCUUCCCACCUUGAUGAAGCUGGUUUAACAUCCAGCAAUAUAUCUAAUAACAGCCAAGUGCAAGAAGGCAAGAAUUUAGAAAGUAAUAGAGAAGCACAAGGAAUUCCUACCAAAACCAUGCCUGCUAAAGGGCACGUGUCGGAGAACACCCAGAAGGAAAAUAUAAGUCCUACAGCUACAAAACCAUGUCAUACUCUAUCUCAACAGGUGAAUGUGUUGGUUUCUCAGAAAGAAAAUGACAAGCCAGAUGUUGUGAUCACGCCAGUUUGUGUAAAUGAUUCCAGUGAUGAUAAUAUGCUGAAACAAAAGCUUGCUGGCAAUGAACAAAAAACACCACAGAAAGUGGCAAAUGUAGAUAUCGCAAAACACCAGAGCCCUGUGGUGUCUGAAACACGAUUAGUAAUUCCUACUGUGCAGUUUCCUUCUCCAGCUGGUUCUUUUCCUCCCAAGCCUGUUGGCACAAGUUUUGAGUUUGUGGCUAGCAGUUCCGGUGAAACCGUCGUAGAUCCAUCACAAAUUAUUACCUUGAACAUUAUAACUGAGGGUCUAACAGAAGAUACAGAAUUAAAUAAUGCCGUAACAGCAAUUGUUGGAGAAAAAUUCCCAACUGUAAUAAUGUCGCCUCUAAACACUCCUCGGAACAGUGGAAGCUUAAGGUCUGCUCCAGACAGCUCAGUUGGCGAUGUAGACGUUUUGUCGUCAGGGGAUCAGAAGCUUACUGUUGCUCAGUUCAAUGACCAAUCAAGCACUGCAAUUAAUAUUCAACUUGAAGACUGUUCAGUUUAUCCACUUGUUGGCACUUCUAAUCCUAACACUGAUGGGGGGCUUAUCCAGCUAAUGCCAGCCACCAGUUCAACUGUUGGACCUUCCAACAAUAUUUUUAUAAGUGCUUGUCCAUCAAAAAGUAGCACGGCAAAUCAAUCCAACAUCAUGUUAAUACCCAGUAAUGCUUCUUCUGCUGGAGUACAACCACACACAUGUGUUUUGCAAACACCUCCCAGACAAAGUAGCAUUUACAGUGUUGGACAAACGUUAUCUUCUAAACUCUCACAAGGUCAGUGUCUUUGUAUGUUGUCAGUAAAAUUGUAAGCAGCAAUGAUGUUCUGCUCUUUGGGGAGAUAAUGCUAUAUUGUCCAUUAUUUAAAGCUUUUUUAACAAAAAACAAAAAAAUAAAUUGUGAAUUCUGGCCACAAGUGUAACUUCUGAAUCCCUCAUACAAACUAAACCAGUGUAAAGCAAGUCAGGAAAAAAGGGUUAUAGUUGCAAUGAUUUAUUUUAAAUGCACCUUCUUUUAAGCAGCAAUGUAUCUAGCGUUUUGGUGGACUAAGGCUAGUCAAUGCUUUACAACCCUCCCUAAUAUAUUUGAUAUGUGCAUUCAUAGACACAAAUGUCACACAUACACAAUCAUACGCUCAUACAGUCACAUACUUCUCCCAUAUGUCCCCCUGCAGCUAACCUUUGUCGGCGCCGUGGGUAAAGAGAAGCCAAUGUUAUGGCACACAAUAGUAUCUAGAGGAGGGAUUCCUUCCUGCCUCCUCUUUUAAAGGCAGCACAGUUAACAUGCAUUUGGUUCCAGAAUAUCACAUCUGCUGUAGACUGCUUGAAGAAAAGAUCUGAAAAUCUUCCCCCUACAACCUUGGCUCUUGCAGUCCAAAGCCCUGGCUGUGCCUGGACUGAUCUGGCUUAUGAUACCUAACAUUAAUAUGUGCAUGAAAUAGGGGAGAGGAUUAAUAAAAGUGAUUUUCAAUGUUGUAAACAUGCAAGUGAAAUUAAUGGUCAAUUUCUACAAUGAAAUCUGUAUUUCUAUUUCUUUUGUUUACUGUAUUAUGUAUGUUGCAGUGAAAAUGUGUGUUUAUGUAUUUUAAUUAUUUUAUUUUUAGCAGGUUCUACGAUUAUACUGGCGCCUCCAGUCCAGCCUAUGUUGCAGAGUGUAGUGGGAAUGUUCCCUGUGUCCCUAGUUGGUCAAAGUGGAAAUACCUUCACUGCAUCUUCUCAUCAGGUAACUAUAUUUUUUUAAUAACAUUUUUACACCAAACUUUUUUUUUUUACAUGAGAAAACGGUCCCAACAUCAUAGGGUUGUAUUUUAGCAUUGUGAAUGCAAUAUAAAUACAAUAAACAGAUACACAGUUUAGUGUUCUAAUGUUAGUAUCUAUGAACAACUUUUUGAUUUUAACCCAAAAGUUAGUAUCUGAUAGCUGUUCAUAAUUUCCCUUCUGUAGUCCUCAUAAUCCAUGAGAACAAUGGCUCCCCCCUUCACUGCUGGACGGACAGUGAUGGACAAAAUCGGAUGCCAGCUCCUUAAAGGGACACUAUAGCUAUCAGAACAACUACAGCUUUAAGGUAGUUGUUCUGAUGUCUACUCCAUGUUUCUGCAGGCUUUUCAAUGUAAUCACUGCCUUUUUGAGAUAAGGCAGUGUUUACACUGGUGCCUAGUAACACCUCUUGUUGCAGUCACUCAGACUGCCACUGACACUAGAGGUGCUUCCUUGGUCAGUGCUGCACAAUGUGUAACAUUGACGUUCAGCGUCUCCAUGCAGAGCGUGGAGAUGCUGAAUGCUCCCCAUAAAGAUGCUGAUUGGCAUAGCGUUUUAACACACAUGGGAAAGCAUUGAUUGUCUGAAAUCGUCAAGAAGGUGAAGCAGGUCAUGACAAGACCGGCGCUGGAAAUAAGGAAAGUUUAAAUAACUUUUACUCCUCCAACGAGGGCCGGUGACUUAAACAUACACUUUAUAAUCUGACACUAUAGUCUUCCAUUAAGUGCAUCUCUUUCUAUUUAGAAAUAUUAGAAUUCUUCUUCCCUCUCCGUGACUAGAUUUCUACUAUCCUUCUUGAGGUUCUGUGAAAAUACUUCCAAAGAGGCAUUUGCGGAUGGGGAAUCAAAAGUACUACGAAGCUCUAGAAUUUCCAUCUCUGAGUCCGAACGCUGUUCAGGUUCAUCCUUAAAGUAAUCGGCCAAUCGUAAUUUACAUGUAAAUUUAAAUUGGUCCACUUCCCAAUCAAACUCGCUAAUGCCUAUUGUGGGUAUAAAUGAUAAUCCAUUGGACAAUAAAAUAUUUUCAGAAUCAGAAAGGGUGCUCCAAUAUAAAUUCAUGGUUGGGGGUGUUUUUUAACUGCACGGUGGUCGUCCCGUUGGAACUGUUAGUUUUCCCUUUCUGGACUUUCCUGGUGAAGCAAUAUUUGUACUGGUGCCUUGUUCUGUGUCCAAUACAGCUUACAUCCACUGUAGGUUUAUGGAAACCUGAUCAGUAGGGUUUGUAAAAGGGGAAGCUAUUGUCUCCUGAUAAUCAUGUGUAGACUCUAUGUUCUGCAAAGUUGGCUUGUACAUUGUCAAGUAUUUUGCUGCUUGAAUAUAACCAAAUCUUUAGAUAGUUUCUGGAUUCAUGCAUCACAAUUAGGAGUUUCAAGGUAACUCUGUGUAUCAACUGAGAUAUAUAUAUAUAUAUAAUAAUUUAUACUUUGUAAAAUGUCUAAUGAGCGUUUGUUUAAAAUAUCAAUCCACUUACAACAGACCUUGGGUUUGUGCCUGCCUUUUCUUUGUACACUUUUGAUUCUUGAAGCUCCUUUUUUCAUUCUGUAGUAGUCCAACCGAUUUGUUGCAUAUAGUCCAAGUAAAUCUACUUCUGUCAGAGUUUUUCUAUAUUUCGAAUUACAUCUUUGGGAUCAGAAGGGGCAGGUAGAUCCGCGUCUGUCAGCGGCCAUAAUAUGGCAACUGCUUGCCAUAUCAGAAUCACCCUUAUUGGGUCCAGUGCGUGGGCUGAGAUCCGGCUACUGAUUUCAAUCAAACACCCUUAUGCCCCGCACUCACUUCUACAGGUCUUGUUGAUACCUCGGUGUAUGUAUAUACACUAUAUGCACAAAAGUAUUGGGACACACCUCUUAUUUAUUGAAUUCAGGUGUUUCAAUCAGAGUCAUUGCCAUAGGUGUAUAAAAUGAGUCUGCAUUUACAAAUAUUUGUGAAAAAACAUGGCUCGUUCUGAAGAGCUUAGUGAAUUAAAGCGUGAUACGGUGAUGGGAUGCAAAAUUUGCAAUAAGUCAGUUUGUGAAUUGUUAUCCCUGCUUGUUAUUUAACGGUCAGCUGUAAGUGGUUUUAUUGGAAAGUGGAAGCAUUUCGGAACAGCAGCAACUCCGUCCGAAAGUGGAAGACAAAGUAAAAUCACUUGGGUGCAUGGUGUGUAAAAUUCGCCAGCCCUCUGCAUCAUUUCAUACCUAAAGAGUUCCAAACCUCCCCUGGCAUUAAUAGCAGCACAAAAACUGUGUGGUGGGAGCUUUAUGGAAUGGGUUUCCAUGGCCGAGCACCACCAAGUAUAAUGCCAAGUGUCGGCUCGAGUGAUGUAUAACGCUUCUCUGUUUGGUAGACUAAUGGGCGAAUCUGGAGAACUUAACCUGCCUGACUGCAUUGUGCCAACUGUAACGUUUGGUGGAGGAGGGAUAACGAUAUGGGGCUGAUUUUCAGGGGUUGGUGCUUUAUAUAUAGAUAUAGAUAGAGAUAGCUAUUAGUGAUGUCCCGAACGGUUUGCCGCAGACUCAUCAUUGAGUAAACUUUGACCCUGUACCACACAGUCAGCAGACACAUUCCAGCCAAUCAGCAGCAGACCCUCCCUCCCAGACCCUCCCACCUCCUGGACAGCAUCCAUUUUGAAGCUGCAUUCUUAGUGAGCUGUCCAGGAGGUGGGAGGGAGGGUGUGCUGCUAAUUGGCUGGAAUGUGUCUGCUGACUGUGAGGUACAGGGUCAAAGUUUACUCAAUGAUGAGUCCGCGGCGAACCGUUCGGGACAUCACUAAUAGCUAUAUAUAGAUGGCUAGAUAGAGAUAGAGAUUGAUUUUCCCUGCUUGAUAUAACUAUAGCAAAAAUAUCUAAUUGUUAAAGGGUGAAUGUGAUGAGGAGGAACAAGUUGUAGGUUUAGUGAAGAGAAGGUGAUUUUUUUUUUUUUUUUCAAACUUUAUUAACGUUUCUGAGUAUAAGGGUAAAGUGUCGAGGAAAGAUUGUGAGAAUGUAAUGCUCCAAGGUUUCACGCAUAAGGAGAUCUGUAUACAAAGUCUCUCAGAAACGAGUGAUACUAUAUAGUGAUAUAGAUUCUAUGUGCAGUUGAAAUAAAGAGAGGGUUAUUGCAGAAUAAUUUUGAAUGUGGACCAAGAAAUGGCUUCUGCUGCUUCAAAAAAAAAAGUAAUCCUUAUUUUUUUUGCAGGUUUUGCAUAUUCCAGUUUCCAGCACUUCACGUCCUAAACUGCCUUUACCACCCAAGACACAGAAACCCGUAGCAGCAAGAAGUGUGAAAAACACAGGUAUCUAAAUCUAACCAUUUUGGAAGAUUAAUUGAUGGGAUUGAACAGAGCUUAUUGAAACACAACCAGGUUUAAGGGCUACUCCCCCAGCAUAACACCCAAUGCUCCUGUCAUAAGUUAUGAUGUAAGGCGAUCCUCAGCCUUGUUUUUCUUGCAUUGGUAGAUAAUGCUUUACAAAUUGUCUCUUACUGAAACACUGCAUGUAGAGACUCCAAACACCAUAACCACGUCAGAUCACUGAAAUGGUCAUCGUGUUUGGAGUAAUCCAUUAGUAUUAAGUGGGAGAUGUUCGUGCCGUCUUUGUUUUUACAGAUUGGCUUCUGAAAAAAUAUAUAUAUAUUAGGUUGAAUUUAGAAGAUACCCCAAUAAUCAGCAUGUCUUUCGUAUUCAUUUUACAGUUUUCUGGUUUCUAGUUUUUGUCAUUUCCUCCCCCUCCUACAGGUAAACCAUUAAGAAAUCAAGCAGUGGAUUCUACAAGUCUUCCGUUGAUAUCAAUUGGAAAAGGGUUCGUUAUUUCAAUAUUUUUUUUUUUUGUGACAUUUUCUGAACAUGUGUGCCCUGUUUUCCUGCUGUUUAAUUCAGAAUGGUUGUCAUGGCCUAUAAUACAGCUUAUUAAUAUUUAUAUUCGUAUUAUUUAUUUAUUUAUUUAUUUAUAGUGCAGACUUGGCUGAAAGAAAUGUAACUUCCCGAAUGUCAAAUAAAGCUGAAGAUUGUCCUGCACCACACACCACAGUUAAAGGAGCUGAAAGCCACAGAAGGGUAUUGUGCUUUGACACCUUAAGAAAAUCUGGUAAAUCAGAUACUCUGGCAACAGGCAUUUCAAAGCUGCAGGAUAACCACAAUAAUGACAUUGUGAAUGCUGACAACUCUAUUGGAGUUUGUACUUCAACUGUAGAAUCUUUGCCUAAAGACCAGAAAAGAACAGAAACAACCUUGGUUUCGGCAUCAUCUAAAGAUCGAAUUGCUGAGGACAGACGUGUAGCUGUUGGAUCUUUGGUAGGUAGUUCUUGUGUGGUCAAAGCCAACAAGGAAAAUGUCCAAGGGAUGGAACCAGAAACACAGGGACUCAAAGACCUGACUAAAGAGAGCACUAUCAGUGAACGCUCUGAAAAAAAUGUUCAGCCUGGGCAGGAAGCUGGUAAAAAGAGGUUUAUGCCUAAAAUACUUAGAAGAACACCACAAAAGUUAACUACAGAAAGACCUAACCUCACAAGUUUGCCAGCCAAACAGGAAAGUGAGCCAUUUCAGGGAAUUCAGUUUCAAAGUCCAAAUGCAAAGCAUGUGGAGUUGCCAGUACCACGCACUCCUGGAUCUGGAGUUGAUGAUGGCAUGCUGGAUGAUACACCAGACUCAACAAGAACCCCUACAUGUAAACGUUACAGUGAUGAUGGUGGCACACCAAAACCAAUGCAGCCUCCUACAACCCCUGAUUUUCCCAAGUGUAGUCCUGCCAGCGAAGCUGGUAGUGAGAGUAGUGUCAGCAUAGCUGCACAUACACUAAUGAUCUUAUCACAGGCUAGCAUGACAAAGGUUGGAAGUAAAACACCACUGAAGGACAACACACAACUUGCCAAAUCUUCCAAGGGUACCUCAAAGAAGAGAAAGAUUGAAGAACCUGAUGAUAGGCAUGCCCAUAGAACUGAACACCACAGCCCCACAUCAACUCUGAAAAAGAAAAAAACAAAGGUGAGAACAAACGUUUGGUAAAUUUGUUUCACAUGGAAUUCCUCAACUUUUUUGUGUGGGUGAAGGGGAUAUUAAUGGGCCAUACCAGUGGCAUUAUCAGAACAUAAUCAUAUAAUUCCUGUAAGAUUCUGAACUAAGAAUUUGAAGAAAUGGUUAAUCCAGUAAGAAGUUUUGCAUUUUAAUUUUAAAAUAAUUUACAACAAUGUUUUUGAAAUUUCUUAACCUGUUAGAAGAUUAGGGAGAAGCUGGGAACAAUGGGCCUUGUGCAUCAGAGAAAGGAUGGCAGAGUGAAGGGGCAUGGUGGAUAGGAGAAUGGAUGGCAGGAUGAAGGGGCAUGGUGGAUUGGAGAAUGGAUGGCAGAGUGGGCAUGGUGGAAUGGAGAAUGGAAGUCAGGAAGAGUGGGCAUGGUGGAAUGGAGAAUGGAUAGCAGGAAGAGUGGGCAUGGUGGAUUGGAGAAUGGAUAGCAGGAAGAGUGGGCAUGGUGGAUUGGAGAAUGGAUAGCAGGAAGAGUGGGCAUGGUGGAUUGGAGAAUGGAUAGCAGGAAGAGUGGGCAUGGUGGAUUGGAGAAUGGAUAGCAGGAAGAGUGGGCAUGGUGGAUUGGAGAAUGGAUAGCAGGAAGAGUGGGCAUGGUGGAUUGGAGAAUGGAUAGCAGGAAGAGUGGGCCUGGUGGAUUGGAGAAUGGAUAGCAGGAAGAGUGGGCAUGGUGGAUUGGAGAAUGGAUAGCAGGAAGAGUGGGCAUGGUGGAUUGGAGAAUGGAUAGCAGGAAGAGUGGGCAUGGUGGAUUGGAGAAUGGAUAGCAGGAAGAGUGGGCAUGGUGGAUUGGAGAAUGGAUAGCAGGAAGAGUGGGCAUGGUGGAUUGGAGAAUGGAUAGCAGGAAGAGUGGGCAUGGUGGAUUGGAGAAUGGAUAGCAGGAAGAGUGGGCAUGAUGGAUUGGAGAAUGGAUAGCAGGAAGAGUGGGCAUGGUGGAUUGGAGAAUGGAUAGCAGGAAGAGUGGGCAUGGUGGAUUGGAGAAUGGAUAGCAGGAAGAGUGGGCAUGGUGGAUUGGAGAAUGGAUAGCAGGAAGAGUGGGCAUGGUGGAUUGGAGAAUGGAUAGCAGGAAGAGUGGGCAUGGUGGAUUGGAGAAUGGAUAGCAGGAAGAGUGGGCAUGGUGGAUUGGAGAAUGGAUAGCAGGAAGAGUGGGCAUGGUGGAUUGGAGAAUGGAUAGCAGGAAGAGUGGGCAUGGUGGAUUGGAGAAUGGAUAGCAGGAAGAGUGGGCAUGGUGGAUUGGAGAAUGGAUAGCAGGAAGAGUGGGCAUGGUGGAUUGAAGAAUGGAUAGUAGGAAGAGUGGGCAUGGUGGAUUGAAGAAUGGAUAGCAGGAAGAGUGGGCAUUGUGGAUCGGAGAAUGGAUAGCAGGAAGAGUGGGCAUUGUGGAUCGGAGAAUGGAUGGCAGGAAGAGGGGGCCGGGUAGAUCAGAGCGAGGAUGGCAGGGAUAGUGAACAUGGGUGGAUGAAAAAGAUCGAUGUAAGAGGAAAAAGCUAGUAAGGAUAAUGUAUUUGAGACAAUAGGGAGUGUUUGUGGGAAGGUCAAGACAAAUGAAGGGUAAAACAGAAAUAUUGCAUGGUAGGGAGAGAAUGGCAGCAUGAUGAGGGGAUAAGGAAAAAAAGGUGUUUGAAGUGGCCUUUACUCCUGUAUGUUUCUUGUAGCACAAACUGAUUUUCUUUUUUUUUUUCUUUUUUUCUUUUUUUUUUUUAAAUGCAGAAACAUCGAAGAAAAAGUCUCGACUAUUUUCCCACUGGAAUGGAUGUAGACAAAUUUUUAAUGUCUCUUCAUUAUGAUGAGUAAAUGGAUAUGACCAGGUCAUCCACAUGAAGACUGAUUUUUAUGAGACUGUCGCUUUUGCACUGUAUAGCAAGGGUCGCUUUAUUAAUGUGUUUGUAAAUAGACCCAGCACUGUGAAAGGGUCCAUAUAUAUUGUAAUAUAUUGCGGCACUAAUGAUGUUAUGGAGCUUUUUUGUUUUUUUUCCUGAGUUGUUAAUAUGUUAAGUUUCAUGGAUAACCUAUUAAAAAAAAAAAAUACAAAAAAAAUAAAGAAUUUUUACAGCUUCCUUUUUGGGAACCAGGUGUUUGAAAAUUGUCAUUAUAAGAAUAUCCUUUGUAUAUAAACGUCCAUAUUUUUGGAGGGUGUUUUUGUUUUUUUUUAUGUGUAUUGGUAAUUUCUUUUUAUUAAAAGAAAUAUUGGAUCUCAAAAA